AUGGAGACCCUUCCUCAAGAAUUGGUAGAUGAUAUUGUUUCUUAUUUAAUACCACAGCAGCGCCCCGAAGCAACAUUGAAGCCUUAUGAUACGCGCAUGAGACCAGUUUGGCCCAUCGCCCCGAUAGCCACAGUCUCGCGUCGACUACAAGCCGCCGUGGAGAAAGCCACGUUCAGAUCUUUGAAGAUUACCAGCGACGAAUUUCCGAAGUUCAUUGAGCUUCUCACUCCGGCUAGGCGAUACCAUCUGACCAGCUUGAUCGUCACCAUCACUCUUCCGCCUUACGAUGACGUUGCAUCCCACAGAGCGGAAUCGCCCGAAGAACGGCUUAUCAAUGACAAGUGCUACAGUAAUGGCAUAAGAACACUAUUCCAGAUUCUUCGAGGUUGGGAAGAUGAAGAUGCCAAGACAAUCAGCUGUCCCCUUUCGUUAUUUAUCAACCACCCAGAAUCGCCUUCCGAUACGCCAUGGCCGACCAAGUAUGUUCCUUGGGGUGAGAUGUAUCCCGAGGAGGACGGGAUUUAUGAGGGCCGGUUCUUGCAUUCUUUCAUUGAACUGAGAGAAUGCCAACUACUCCCGGAUCUGGCGAGAAUCAAACAGCUCACAAUGAUUCAACCAGAGGAGAGGUAUGGCUACCGGAACACCUACCCCAAGGUGCCUAUCCUACUUGCCUCAAAGAUGCCAAAUUUGGAACGCUUCAAGCUAUUCAUGAAUGAUGAUGAAAAGAGAUUCGACGAGAUACGAAUCAACAAUCGGAACGAAGCGGCGCAGGCUAUUCGAGAGCUGUCACUGCCGUUACUGAGGAAAGCCGAAUUUGAGUUCUUUCAGAGACGAUUUCGAAACGAGAGAGCAAUGCCGCCAGCGUUGCAUGAGCUCGGAGCCCCAGACCCGUUGAGCUCUGCUAUCUGCGCAUUUUCACAAAAUCUCAUAGAUCUGAGUGUCACCGGCUCCUUUGACGACUCCCUCCUCAGACCUAUGCAGGGCCUGAGCAAGACAUCAUGGCCCAACCUCAGAUUUCUCGACGUUAACAUGCACGCCACUUCCCCUUCAGGAACUUGGUACUUCAAAAAGGCAGACGGAAGCCCAGAUCACCGGCCCUACACCCACAGCUCCAACACAAACAACGCCCACUCAGAUCUGCACAACGAAGAGUUCAGCUUCGUAGAGGAAGCCGCCUACGCGCGUAUGACUCCGGUAGAAGUCUUCCGCUGCAAACCUGACGACGCCUACAUCGUGCCUUUCAUCGAUGCGUACGCCAACGCAUUGAAGGUAAUGCCUACGCUUACCUCCGCGGCGCUGAACUUCCAGCUCGAGUAUGAGGCCGAGGAAGAUGAACCCAGCUGGAUGUGUAUUGCGUACUUUGCGCCCUGUCGCACGGCGCCAAAGCACCCGCCAAGAUUGUUGUGCCCGAAAUGCAACAGAGGCGUGACACGCCAGCUGGUGAAGUUGUACCUAGACUGGGAGCCAAGCGAGGAGCUGGCGGCUAAGCUGCGUGCGAUUGGAGACGAGGUUUACGAGGCGCCGAUGGUGGAGAAGACCAUGGCCCAGUUUAUGGAUCAGCAUGAGUGGGUUAACAACGAAGAGUCUUGA